AUGCAGAAAGCCAAGGAGCUGCACCCGGACGUUCAGGACCCAAAUAUCAUAGACGAUGACAAGAGCGAGGAGGAAGGGGAGUGGGUGCAAGGAGGCGGCUGGAGAGCAUGGGUAGCCAGAACGGUGCGCGCCGAAGACAUAGCAAACCCCAGAAAUGAGGUUGACAGGCUUCGCGCCGAGCUCCGUGGAGACUUCAGAUCAGCGCUGCGCCACGCUUAUCUCGGCCCCAAGCUGAGCCUUGGCAGAGGGGAACUGCCAGAGGCGUUUGAGGCAGAAGAGCGCACAGUUCCCGGCCUGGGAGAUCUGCUGCACCUCGUCAGCGGCCGCACGCUGAUUGGCGUUGUGCGGGAGCGCAGCACCGACCGCCUCAAUGACAGCGCCAGCAGCGUGCAUGCACACCUUCAAGCCGCGCAGGAGCAGCGGCUCAAAGCGAUCGCCAACGCAUCUUCAUCCCUGCCAGGACAGCACAGCAGUAGCAUCGUCAGUAGAGGCGGCGGUGGCGGCGACGGCGGCAGCAGCAGCAGCAUAGGCUGCGGCAGUUCUGAUGGAGAGUAUGGGUCCUCUGAGAAGGCAGGCUGGGGGAGCUUGGCAUCAGAUGCGUCAGGUGCUGGGUGCUGCGAGGAUGACAGGAAGGGGCGGUUUGCAGAAGAGGAUGGCCAGUCUGGCAGCGACAGCUAUGAUGCAGGCACGGAUGUCAGGUGGCAGGACAGUGUGCAGGGGGAACAAAGGGACGGGCCUGCACCGCAGAUACUGGAUCUCAUAGUGCAGGACGAGCUCGUUGCUGUUGCAGUCAGGCAGCGAGGAUCAAGUGCAUGCAGCAUGUCAAGCAGUCAGCAAGCAGCAGACAUGAAAAGGGAAUCAGGUCAGUACACAGAGAAAGGCAAGAUUGCCGAAGAUAGUAUCAGCAUGUACACUGCGGAAGGGCAGCUGCUGUGCAUGCUGGAUGCUUGGCAGCUGCGCGGCGGCUGCCUGGAUGCCAGGGUGAACUUCAGAGUCAUCCGCUCUGCCACUCCGAGGGAAAAGGACGGUGGUGUGCCGCUGCAAGAGGGCAUGGAUGCCUCCGGCGGCCACAUGGCUGUUCCCUCCCAGGUCCCCUCUGCACGCGACUGGCGGAUACUAUUUUGA